AUGUCACCACCGCGUCGCCAUAGUUCACGAAGUAGCAAAAAAGCUAUCGCUGAUUUCGGAAAACCAUUUAUUAAAUCUUCACGCGCACAAAGUACUGUUACUGUUAAAUAUACUGAAACUAAACCGAAAGAUGCCUGGGCUACUCUCGUGCCCUCGGGUGAGACGUGUAAUAGUCUAAUACCUAUCUAUUUGACUGACAACACUCAUUACUUGGGAGCUCAACCUGAAGAUGGCGUUUUUAAGAGUCUAUUAGCUGACCCUAGAAUUGACGUGCUACACUGUGCUAUUUUUAAAGAAUAUAAAGAGGCUACAGGAACAAUCGUAAAAUUACAAAAUUUAAGUCAAGAUGGUGCUGUUCGAGUUUUAGAUCGUGAUUUAAUAUCUAAACAAUAUGUCGAAUUAAAAGAUGGCGAUUAUAUACGAUUUCCUUCUUCAAAAGGUCAUUGGUAUAUUUAUAGAAUUGAGAUCGAUUUAAAAUCAAAAGUUAUGUUUCAUAGUGUAUACGAUAUUAAAGGUACUCUUGGAAAAGGUCAUUUUGCUGAAGUAAUGUUAGCUACUCCUAAAAAUUCUAUCGCUGGUAAUGAAUCAAGAUUACAAGAGUAUGCCGUAAAAAUUAUUGAUAAAAGUAACGUGACGAAAAAUUUUAAUGAACAAAAACUUCAUGAUGAAAUUAUAGUAAUGUACAAGAUUUCUCAUAAUGAUAAAAUAUAUCUCAUUAUGGAAUACGUCAAAGAUGGUGAAUUCUUUGAUUUUUUAUCACAAAAAAAGAAAUUAUCAGAAUAUGAAACUCGUAUCGUUUUUAAACAAUUAUUCGAUGCGAUAAAAUAUCUACAUGGUCAUCGUAUUGCUCAUCGUGAUCUUAAACCUGAAAAUAUUCUCAUGUCAAGUGCUGCAAAUCUCGAGGUUAAAAUUUCGGAUUUUGGUUUAUCUAAACUCCUUGGUCCUGAACAUUCAUUAAUGAAAACUUUAUGUGGAACACGUCUUUACGUCGCUCCUGAAGUCAUCGCUCGAACUCCUAAUCGAAGUUAUGGAAGAUCUGUUGAUAUGUGGAGUCUUGGUGUUAUUCUAUAUGUCUGCCUUUGUGGAAAUUUACCUUUCGCUGAUGAAUUGGGCCCUCCAGGUCUCCUCGAUCAAAUUAGAUUAGGAAGAUAUAAGUUUCAUUCCCCUGCAUGGGAUAAUAUUAGCGAUAAUGCAAAAGAUUUGAUUAAGGGUUUGUUAACUGUUAAUGUGAACAAUCGGUUAACAGUUUCUCAAGCCUUGGCACAUCCCUUCAUGCAGACACUACCUUUACCUCGAUCACCUCGAUCUAUUUCAAAUGCGCCAAUUUUGACACGAGGGAAUGAAAACAUCCCACAAACUAGAAGGAAUCAAAGAAGUUUCUCACGGAGUCACACGUACACAGAGUCUACUGAAGCAGAUUUUGCUGAUGAUGAAGCAUCAUUCGUUACUGCAGGCACAGUUGAAUUAUCAAGUUCCUCCUUACAAUCAGCCGACUCCGAUAUUCAAUAUCUUUAUGAAACUUCUUAUUUUUCGAUUGAUUAA